AUGGCCUCGAUGGAGAUAAUGACGGCACCAUCUACACUGCUAGGAGGCAAGAAACUGGUUUGUCGAGUAUGCCAAAAAGCAUUCUCCAAGGCUGAACACUUGAGGAGACAUGAGCGUUGCCAUACGGGAUCUAAACCAUAUGUCUGUAAAGAGUGUCGAAGGCCCUUUGCCCGACAAGACGCUCUUAAUCGCCAUGAAAAGCUGCACUCUCGUGCUUUAAAUACAAAGAAUGACUCGUUGGAGCUUCAUUUGGCGCCACAGUCUAUCUCUUUAGAUUCUCUCGCUUCUUGGGAUACGAGUAGUGCUUCUACUGCUGAUCCGGCGUCAACCUCAGCAACGAGUCACUCCUGGGACGAGUCUCAUACUGGGAAUCAUGCGAGUAUGCAGAAUUUUCCCUCGGAGCUGGACUAUGCAUUGGUAUGGCCUGAUUCGGAAAACUUGUUUCAGAGCUUGAUGUCCUCGGAUACGGCAGAGCAAUGGCAGAUGCCGCUGGGUACCUUGCCUUUUCCACCUGUCGUGCAGGAUAUGAAUGGUAUGCACUUUGGGUCUCCGAAUUUAUUCGAUGACACCGGCUCUUCUGUCGGGACAAUACCGUCCGGUGGAGGACACCAGGCAGUGCGAGAUGUCACAGAAAUGGUAACGAGCUCGUCAUCUAGUGUUACUGCCGCCGUCAAAGCCACGUCCAUCACCUCGGUAUUCCUUGAUGAAUGUCUCCACAUGUUCUUCGUCCGCUUCAUCCCCACGUUCCCAAUUUUACAUCGUGCUACUUUCGUUUUUCGAGAAUGCACGCAUGCUCUCCUCCUUAAUGCCAUCGCCAUCGGCUCUUUGUACCUAGGCCCCAAGGACGCGGUUGCAAAAGGCGAAGCCCUAUGGCGCUUAGCACAUACUGCAAUCUCAACUUCAUGGCAGUCCCUGAUCACACAUAAUGGCCCAUAUGAUGCCUGCAAGGGUGUCCAGUUGAUGAUCACUGCCCUGUUGGGUCAGAUCUACGGGGCGCUAUCCAAGAACCGCGCAAUCCGAACCACCAGCCAGGUCUUCCAUCCGCUGGGCUUCUUAUGGGCAAGACAUUGCGGCAUGUAUGACAGCGAGCCAUACUCAAUGGACAACCUGCCCUCGAUCGAUGCCCCCGCUGCAGAAAAAGAACACCAGUGGCGGAUCUGGUCUGCGCGGGAGAUCCAGCAGCGCACCCUGUUAGCCUACUAUGUCCUGGACGGGCUCAUGGCUCAAACGCCGACUGAUGGUGCCUCUUCUCGUCAUGUGGCAAACCCACUCAGUCUCCCGAGUAGCGAAGAAGCCUUCGAUGCCAACACUGCAGAUGAAUGGUUAGCUCAUAUGCACCCCCAAAAGCCGGAUCAGUCCUCGUUUAGAAUGAUUUUCCGCUCCCUCUUCCCACCAGUUGGGAGCUUCCGUUCUCUAGAGUACCACUUCUCCGCCUUCGCAUUGCGUGUUGUGUUAGAAGGGCUUCAGUCUCUGAUCUCCGACUUUGACGAUAAUGAACUAGCUGUAGGAGUUCCUACCAAAUCAGACGUCCGGCGAGCUCUAGCUCAAGUCCAUGAGACAAUAUCCAUGAGCAUCCACUUCGCCGCGGCAGAGAGACUCGAAAUUCUAUUGCGUUGGCACACAGUCUGUCUAGAUACAAUGGUCAACUCGACCGUCCUUGCCCAUCAUGUCUGCUCGCGCUACAACAUUGUUCAACACAUCUCCAGUGGAAGCGGAACCGUCCGCCCAGGCUUCGAUCUAGCCAAAUGGGCUAAUUCAGAAGACGCACGGCGAGCCGUCCUCCAUGCGGUUGCUAUCCAAGAUAUUGUGGAGCAGUUACCACGUGGCCGUGCGCAUGUUGUGCACAUGCCCAGCUCGCUGUUCGCAGCGGCGACAAUAUACGUCGUCCUUUCACUUGCAGGAGCCGCCACUGUGAAUUUGCCUCGCAACAUCAUUUGGCAAGACGCCUUGCUGUCCCGUUCAGAUUUGAAUCUAGACCACAAGGAUAUCCGACCUCUAUCUGGCUCCGAUACAAAGCGCUUUGUCGAGAAUGGAAAUGAGGCUUCUUCGCUUCCGCUUCCAAUUGGUGGUGCGGCCAGGAAUCUGCUUUAUGAGCUCAAUUCUAUGCAGAAGCUUUUCCGAUGCUUAUCUUCACAGUGGGGCAUUGCACAUGAUAUGGAGGAUAUUAUUGCGCAAUGGAUUCAGCUAUGCCAUUAG